AUGCAGAACUUCCUCGCUCUAUGUGCGUCAGGAUACUACGACGGAUGCAUUUUCCAUCGUAAUAUCCGUGGCUUCAUCGUCCAAACCGGCGACCCAACAGGCUCGGGCAAGGGCGGCCAGAGCAUCUGGGGUUCGCCCUUCUCCGACGAGAUUCGGUCCACCCUCAAAUUCAAUGCCCGCGGCGUCGUGGCCAUGGCCAACUCGGGAAAUGAUAGCGACUCGAACAAGUCCCAGUUCUUCAUCACCUACGCCAAGCAACCCCACCUCGACGGCAAGCACACGAUCUUUGGCAAGGUCAUUGACGGCGCGGACUCGACUCUGGACGCGAUUGAACGUGUUCCUGUCAACAACAAGAACAGGCCGCUGAACGAGAUCAAAUUGACGAGUGUCACCAUUCACGCCAAUCCAAUUGCAGACGCCGUGCUAGCGGGCAGACGAUAA